CUGGUAACCCUUGGCACACACACACACACACACACACGUCCCAGCAGCAGGAAGAGAUGGAGACCCAGAACAACUUCCACGCUGCUCAUUUGUUGUUGUUGUUGUUGUUGUUUGUGUUUGUGGACGCCGCUCCUGAGUCCACGCGGACGGUGGAGUUCAACGUUAAACCGGGAGGAGUUGUGCACACGUUCACCGAGCGGAUUAAGGAGUAUGAAUGCUCGUUCACCUAUGCUUCACAAGGGGGAACCAAUGAGCAAUGGCUGAUGAGUGUGGGUCUGAGUGAUGACGACCGACUGUUUUCCUGCUCUGUGUGGAGGCCUCAGGGGAAGUCCUACCUGUUUUUCACUCAGUUCAAAGCUGAAAUGAAGGGAACCAAAAUUGAAUACGCCAAUGCAUAUUCGCAGGCGGCGACGGCAGGACAGGGCGACGUGCCUUUGAAGCCGCAGGAAUUUACCGUAGGAGACUCAACAGUGACCCACACAGAUGGAAAGUUCAGCGCUCAACUCUCCAAGCUGACCCUCAUCGGACGGACGCGACACGACGAGCUGUAAUUGGCCAGAAGUCUGACUUGGCUUUUGGUCUUGUUUUGACCAAUCAGAGCACCUUGGGGAGCUCUGAGUCAGGCCUCUGUGAUUCAGCUCAGUAGUCAAUGAAGGAUGGAUUUGGGAGAGUUCUUCCUGAGUGGCAACCAAAAAAUGAAGUGGGAUGAUAGUGAUGUAGCCUUUUGAGGCGAUUUGUGUGUCAAUACAGGAAUAACCUGGUAUGUUUUUACAAUGGAUUUAUCUGCUACUUUGGAUAAAAAUAAACACAGGAAUCAGUUGAGUAUUCAUAUUUCUUACUACAUAACGUUGUAGUUUCAAUUCUGCCAUAAGAUAAAGUGCUUCCAUAGUAGUUUCUGAGGGUAUAAGAUUUACAGAGAGCAAAUCUCUCCUGAUCCACUGGGGACGUAUGUGAAUGUAUAGAGGAUUGCUGUCCGGGGGGGUUUGUAAAGUAUAGAUAGUAUAUUUAGAGUAGGGAGGGAUUUAUCCAUCUUGUGUAAUCCUGAGGGGAAAGUGAAUAAUCCCGAAUAACGUCAUCGCACACACAGAAACUAUUACAUUUUGCACAAUCUCUGUCUGUUCUACAUAACUGUAAGCACACAUCUUAUCCCAUAAAUCACCAAUUAGUACCACUUGCGAAAGCCUUUUUCUUUUUUAUGUUUGUGUUUUUGGCCAGAAGGGAUACAGAAAACAGAUAGCAGCUUCAUAACAUGAUAUUAAGAGAUAGAAAUACAGUAUACACUGAAGAUCACACUGCGUUUUUGCAUUUUUGGAUAAACCUCAAACAGCGUCAACAUGAAUUCAUUAAAAAAAAAAACCCAAGUUGAGAGAAUAUGACAAGUAAUAAAUAAUAAAUGGUUAUUUUAUUUGAAAUUACCUUAAUCGUGAUAAUUUUAAUUAGACACCUGCAGCCGAUGAUGCAGCAGAAGAUACAUGUUUCUAAUUUCAUGAUUUUUCAAUGACUUCACAGUUACAUUGUUUGAGUUUUAACCCAGAAAUACUCAAACACAAGGCAUGCUCAGACAUUUGGAUGAGUAUAUCUGGCAAAGUGAUGCCGUCAUAUAUUCCUGAGCCCUUUGAGAACCUUUUGCUUUCAUCCUUCAGUGCCACAAGUGUGGAUCAGCGAGGAUAUUGUGCAGGUUUCAGAAGUACAUCACCAUGAUUACAGCCCCCCCCCCCUCUCUCUGCACCCUUAUGUAGCGAGUAGGAUUGCCUUUAUCUUCCUUACAUCGAUCCAACCCUCUUGGAUCCACACGAGAUGAGUUCUGGGGAUUGAUUUCAGAUUUGAGGAUUUUGCUGAUUUGAUUCUGAGGUCUGAGAUUCGUACCUUGUUUGGUCUGAGUUCGGAUCCUCUCAUCACUGUCUAGCGGUGAUCCUCCGGAGUUGAGGAAAUGCUCAGUUUGUGUCUCUUGUGUCCGUCAAGACUCCCUCCGGGGUCACAACAGGAAACGUUCAGAUGCUGUUUCAGAAUAGAAAAACCACACACGAUGUUACUUAUUUUAUACAUGUUUUCUUUUUUCUACUCCUUGAUUGUUCUGAUUCAUGAUGAAAUGUGAUGUCAAUAAAGACAUGUUGUCACUGUUCUGGGGAUAA